AUGCCGCCUCCUGGAAGCCAGCCGCCGCCCAGGAACCCCUACGCACCGCCGCCCCAGUCGGGUGCGCCGCAAAGUCAGUAUGCGCCUUCGCCGUAUGGUGCUCCGCCCGCCGCAACCUCCCGACCGCCUACUGGACCUCCUCCUUCGAGCGGACCCCCGCCUGCAGCUAGAGCCCAGCCUACGCCUCCUCCUCCGAAGGCUGCAGCAGCUCCGUCCAAACCUAGGCACCCCGCUGGCGACCGGUCGCACAUUCCGGCCCAUGCCCAGCGGUUGGUUGACGUGCUCAGUUCAGACAUGCAGCGGGUGGCUUCCCGGGCGCCUUCUUCUUUUGGCGCUCAGGUCAAAGACACUCAAAAACGUCUCAACCUGCUGUUCGACCACUUGAACAAUGAGGAGCUAAUCAAACCCGAUACUAUUGACCAGCUCUGCGCACUGGGUGAGGCCAUUGAGCAGAAGAACUACGAAGUGGCCCAAAAGAUCCAGGUUGAGAUUCAGCGGGACAAGACGGAUGAAUGCGGCAACUGGAUGGUUGGUGUUAAACGGUUGAUCAGCAUGAGCAAGGCCACUCCAUGA